AUGGGUGGAAGGGUCGGUAUUCUCGCGAAACACGCAGCCCAGCCCAGCCCCGCCAAGGAUCUCUCAACUGUCGCUUUGACGACUUGUCUAUCAACCAGCUCCCGCGCCGCCCGCAGAUACAUCAGAAUCACCAUGGACGAAGUGGACUACUCCCCCAAGUUCGCCCCGUUCUUCGGAAUGGCUGGCAUCUGUUUCGCCAUGACCUUUGGCUGCAUUGGAGCAGCUUACGGCACGGCGAAAUCAGGCAUUGGAAUCGCGGGAGUGGGAACAUUCAGACCGGAUCUGAUAAUGAAGUCACUCAUUCCCGUCGUCAUGUCUGGUAUCAUCGCAGUCUAUUCGCUAGUCAUUGCGGUUUUGAUUGCAGGAGACAUGGGCCCACCUCCUGACCAGAAUUACAGCUUGUUCAAUGGAUUCAUGCAUCUUGCUUGCGGACUUUCGGUUGGUUUGACCGGACUUGCCGCUGGAUAUGCCAUUGGCAUUGUAGGAGAUAUGGGAGUGCGAUCGUAUAUGCAACAGUCGAGGAUCUUCGUCGGAAUGGUUCUUAUCCUCAUUUUCGGAGAAGUCCUGGGGCUUUACGGAGCAGAGGCUAGACAAUUGCUCACCGACAUAUACCCUAGCAAGGGAACGAAAUUGGUCGUCGCUAUCGAGAGGUUGAAUGACGAUUUUGUUUGA